UUUCCUCCAACGCGCAAGAACUGCCUGUUUAUGACAGUUGAAGGCAUAAAUCCAACUGUAUCUCACACCAUAAAAAUACCAACUCUAGCAUUAGUUUUCCAUCAAACAUAUCGAAUUCCAAAACAAAAUCUUUCGGUUAAUCAGAAGAACUUCAGGAUAUUUUUAGCAAAAAACAAAACAAAGACUUACUUCAAAUUCAUAUUCAGAGAUAUGAGAAACACUACAGAAAUCAAGAGAAGUGAUUCAGUUUCUUCUACUUCUUCUUCUUCCUCCUCUUCAAGUCCGUCAAGGAAGAAUUCGCUGUCACCGAGAUCAACAUUAGAAAGAUUAAGAAGAAAACUGUCAUCUAAGAGAGGAGAUGACCGUGAAGCGCAAACAUACGGCGGGGGAGACCUCGAAAGAGUUUUUCGGUAUUUUGACGAAAAUGGAGAUGGAAAAAUAUCAGCAGCCGAGUUGGAGAGCUGUGUUAAGGCAAUAGGUGGUGAUUUUACUAGUGAUGAAGCAAGAAGAGCUGUGGAAUCUACCGACUCGGAUGGUGAUGGGUUACUAGAGUUCAAUGAUUUUGUUAAACUCAUGGAAGUUAGUGGAGAAGAAGAGAAAAAUAAUGACUUGAAUGAGGCGUUUAAGAUGUAUGAAAUGGAUGGAUCAGGGAUUAUUACUCCUAAGAGUUUGAAAAGAAUGUCGACAAGACUUGGCGAAUCCAAGACGACUGAGGAGUGUAGAACAAUGAUUCGUCUGUUCGAUCUUAAUGACGAUGGUGUACUUAGCUUCGAUGAAUUCUCUGCUAUGAUGGUUUAAUAAUUCAUUGUUAUGUAAAUUAAGUAAGUAUAAACAUGGGGGAUGAUCAUAAUCCUCGAAAUUCAUUUGUAGCUCUAACUCUUUUCAUGAGAUCAGUAGAAAAUGUAAUAAAAGGCCAAACUUGAUAACCAGCUAGUAGUUCCAGUUGGGAUUUGCAAGAUUUGUCAAUUUAUGUACCACUUCCACACUGUAAAUUGGAUACUUGGAUAUCUAUAUAUAUAAUUCAUUCUUUCCA